AUGCAGACAACGCAAAGCCCCCAUCUCCCCUCGGAGAUCCUCAUUAUCAUUGCUGACAUGCUAUGGCAUGAUCAGAUGUAUGAUCCUGAGGGUAUGCGGCUAGUGGACAGGCAAAAGUGCUUCCACAGCUUUUGCCUGGUCUCUCGACAGUGGUACUCAGUUGGCAUCUCGUACCUUUACGAUUUUCCCCAACUGUGGCAAGGCAACAAGUUUGUCCAGUUCACUAAUACUGUGAGCCCGCCUCUUGGCGUCAAAAAAGGCAAAGUCGACCUCGGAUCAUUGGUGAAAGUCUUGAAUCUGGGUUCCCUAGUUCAUCAGAGCUCAAACAGCCAGACGUCACGGCUACUGAGUCGCGUCAAGAAAGGCUUGAUCAUAUUUGUUGCCCCGCAAACUGGUAUUGGUGUCAAUAGCCUUGCAUCAAUCUCAAAAUGCCGAAAUCUGAUGCACCUCGAUCUGAGGCUAGCUCGAGGUGGCGUAAUCGAAUUUUCGCGCCUGAAAAAGACCGUCAGCAAUCUUCCGGAACUUCGGACCCUUCAAUUGCCGUCCAGCAUGGAAAUCACCCGCACCGAUAGCUCGGCAGGAGAUUGGCCUCCAAAGCUCUAUUCUAUGACUGUUGGAGGCUACCUUGACUCCGAGGUCAUGUCAACAUUCAACUGGCCCCCUAACAUCCGCCGAUUGGAAUUAAAACGCUGCAAAAAUCUGGAUACACCAAUUCUUGAGAGCAUACUUUGCAACGAGCAGCUUCUUGAAAAACUCGAAACCCUUUAUCUGAGCAGGGAGAAUGCAAACAUGUUCUCGGAAUUGGAAUCAACUGUUCUAUAUGUCCUUCGAAAUUUGACAUAUCUCAGAAUGCCCUUGGACUUUAUGGAAUAUCUGUGCAUAGUUCCUGUUCCCGAUGGAAUGCAACCGCUGCCUCUCCGAAUAUUGGAGCUGACGCGUCCAUACUUCGACAACGAGCUCGCCGUCGAAUUUUCGGACGAGCUUGAAAAAGCUAUGUAUGAGAAUCUCUGCAAUCUCUGGGCUCUGGGAAUUGGUGAAAGCUCCCUGCAGUACAUCCAAGACGUCUAUCAAAAGAUUGAUGACGAGAUUUGGAAACACGUGGAGACAAGCUCGGAUGACGAACUUGACAAGCUGGCUAUCGAAGAUUUGGGGAUUUAUACGAUCGAUGAUGAUCCCAUUGUCUUGUAG